CUUCAAAGCUUUCGAAAUUAAAACUAUUUCUUUAUUUCUACAAACUACAGUUUAUUACUUCCUUUUUAAUCGAAAAAUUAGAAAUUGAAUUCUCCAAACUCUCUCAGUCGACCAGAUAUUCUGACGUCACAAUGAUGAUCCGCGUGCGCGCCUUUCCGAGUUUUGAAACGAAUUUCACAAUGUUGUUGUUUUGAAAAUAGUCAGCGAUUUUAUCAAACCAUGUUCACUUUUCUAACUCAGUCAAUUUUAAUGUGUUACCAUUGAAAUAUCCAACGAGGAAAUAUGGCUCCUGUGAACCUAGUCAAAGUACUGAGUGUCAAUUCAGAGGAUUCCGUUCAUAAUGCUCAAAAUUUACUGCUGAAAGACAAUCCAAGUAAAAAGUGGAAAUGUAAAACUCCCGGUGAAAAACAAGCUGUCGUUAUUUUACAAUUGGAGAAAGCUUCAAAAAUCACAGGAAUAGACAUUGGCAAUGAAUUCUCAGCAUUUGUUGAGGUUCUUGUUGCAAAAUCAACCUCAAAUGAAGAUGACUACAAGGUGCUGUUGGUUGCAUCAUCUCUGAUGUCCUUUGAUGAAUCAAAAAAUGGAACGAACACAAACUCGGUGAAGUUCUUCAGUCAUAGUCAACUGUCUAAGCCAACUGUAGAUGACAGCUGGGAUCGAAUUAAGAUCAUAUGCACGCAACCAUUUAACAAGCAUGUUCAGUACGGAUUGUCGUUCAUUAUAGUACACACAAAAGCUGCUGAAGUCAGUGAAGAUGAUAAGUUGCCAAACUUGGGAAAGUUCACUUGGAAACAGACAGAAAAUGAUGAUGGUUUUUCUGCCGGAAGUCUCUUCACCAAGAAAAAGCUGGACGGGGGGCCAUUAAUAGAGGAUGAAUCCAAAGUUAACACAGGAGCAAAAGCAACGACCAAAAAUCUAACUGAUUCUGGGGAACUACCGAAAACUAAACUAGAUAGGAAUUCAAAUAGUGAAAAAAAGAAGGUAAAGGAUACUGGUUCAGCAUCAAAGACAAAAGAUACUGAUUCAAACAGCAGACGCACUGUAAAGAACCGUUUAAUUUAUGAUGAUGAUGAUGAAGAGGAGCCAACUAGAAGUCAAAAACGCAAAAAACUAAAUACAUCUGAUAACAAAAAUGAUGACAUUUCUUCUCAAUCCAAGGCAAACAGUCUUAAUUCUGAAGAAAACAAGGUUACCAAUAGAAUUUCUCUAAACGAACCGUCAUCCUCUACAAAGAACGACUCAGGAAAAAUUAGUGUCCCAAGUAAUUUACCCACCACAGACCCAAUUCCAUCUGCAUCAAGUUCUUCCUCAAGGAAGCGCAAAGUGGAGAGGGAAAUUAAAAAUUUCUAUGAGCUCCUUGAAGAUGUAGUUUUUGUCAUAAGUGGAUUCGAAAAUCCCUACAGAGGUCAGCUCAGGUCUAAAGCUUUAGAAAUGGGAGCAAAGUACAAGCCGGAUUGGAACUCGGCAUGUACUCACUUAAUCUGCGCUUUUCCGAACACGCCUAAGUUCCAGCAAGUUCAAGGGAAAGGCAAAAUCGUGAAGAAAGAGUGGAUAGAAGAGUGUUAUGCACAGAAAAGGAGGUUUCCGUGGCGCCGCUUUGCAUUAGACAGGAAAGAUAAGAAGAAACCGGAAAGUGAGGAUGAAAUAUUUACUAAUGCAGAUGAUGUGCCGGAAGAAUCAGAUUGCGAUACUGAUGAGGAAGUGAAUCGAAUUCAGCAAAAGAAGAAAAAAGCUGCCAACCCCUUGAAUGAUGAUUCUGAUGGUGACACGACCUCAAAACGACCUCAAAGAAAGCGAACAAAAGUUCUCAGUGUUUACGAUGAAGACACUGAUAUAGAUGAAGAGGAAGAGAAACCUAUCCCUAAGAAAAAUUCCAGAGAUACCUCAAUAACCGAAAAACUGCCUUUACCAUAUUUACCUGACUUUUUUUCGGGCAAAACUUUUUACAUUAGCUCUCUCAUCAAAAGCCCAGAGGCCAAGGCCUACUUACAGCGUUGUGUCAUUGCUUACAAAGGUACGAUUGUGUUAGAUUUAGUUAAGAAAAUUGAUUUUGUUCUGGUUGAUAAUGAUUAUGAGCCAGGCGGACACAGAAGUAUAGAACUAAUCAAAGAAAAUCAUCCGGAUGUUCUCAUCGUACAACAGGAAUGGAUCAGAGAAUGCUCAGCCCUAGGCCAGUUGGUCCCUUAUGAUAAAUAUGUGUGUGAGUAACACUUGUCUGGGGAGAGAAUGAUUAGAUGUGCAUUGCAUAAUUUGUGAUGAUUCAUUCUCUGGACCAAUCAUUGAAAUCAAAGCUCAGCUUGUGGAAGUCCGGGUGUAGCAGCCGUUGCUUAAGUCCAGAACAGAUGGUAUGUCUACAUAACUCACAAUAAUGGCUUUCACAGCCAGAUAUUGCUUUUCACCUUUUCUUUAAGUUACCCUCAAUAAUUUUAAAAUUGAAAUAGAGUACUUGUUCCGUAAGCGUUUUAACACCAUCCAAAGUUUACAGCAGGCAGGAGUCCUAUAAGAUAGAGAGUGAUCAUUUGGAAACAGUUGAGAUCUGUUUGUGUUUUUUUAAUGCAUCUUUCAAUCUAUUUUUAUGGAUUUUUAUUAAAUUAGUACCUGAGUUGGCCAGUUCCAUAGUGUGAUGUUAACGGAAAAAGACACGUCAGCCAGUGAGACAGGAGUAUGUUUUGCACUAUUUUCUUAUCUCAUUGAAAAAUCACUUCUCUGCGCAAUAAAGCUAAUUAAUUUUACGUA